AUGGACGGGAAAGAAGUCGUUGCAGUCCAUAAACCCUGGGAUGAUGACUGGGGACCAGAUAUCGUAGUUGGGGUUGAUUUUGGGAUGACCUGCACAGGAGUCGCCUAUUCAAUCGGCCCAGAAUGGCUGCCCCCGAGAACCAUCCAGCGGUGGCCGGGAAAGCUCAUCAGUGAGCUGGCCAACAAAGUGCCCACUGCAAUUGAAUAUGAAUCUCCUUCGCACAGCGUCAAGUCAUGGGGGUUUCUCUGCAACACCGAGGACCCGGCAUCGGACAUCAAGGAGUAUUUCAAACUGCACCUGGCACCUGGCGCUCACCAAGGCGGAAAGAUCACUCGGGCAGAGGCUCAGCGAUGGCUCCAGGACUAUAUCCGUUGCGUAUGUCAGCAUGUCACCGCACAUUUCAGAGAUACUCUCCCCUCCUUUGCUGCUUGCAAGGUCGAAUGGGUAUUCAGCGUGCCCACAACAUGGAAGGAUGUCCGUAUGGUUGAAGAAACGCGUCACCUACUGCAGCGAGCGAUCAACAUGAGCAGUCCGGGGAUGUCCCCAGAGAAUAAUCGCGCCGUAGUUGGGCUCACUGAGGCAGAGGCGGCAGCUGUGUAUGCUUGCAGGCAACAUUAUCAGAUGAAUGACAUCGUCUUAGUUUGUGAUGCAGGAGGUGGGACCACAGAUGUCAACAUUCUCCAACUCAAGUCCGCCCGGGGCGAGCCAACAAAACUCGAUCAGUUUGGCAGCGUCGAGGGACGACCCAUUGGCUCAGUUUUUAUCGACCGUGGGAUGCAUAGUCUGAUUUGCGGGCGGCUAUCCAAGCUUCAUGAUAGACUGGAAAUGUCUCCAUCGCAUACCGCAUGGAGGAUGGUUCUCGGCCGAUUCCAAAGACUCAAAUGCGCGUUUGGCACCCCUGCAGCAGCAAAUACCCCGAGCCUUAAAUUAGACGUCCCCGGCCUCAAGCCGGGUGCUGACGUCCCCGGCCAGAUGAGCAUCUCUUGGGAUGAUUUGCAACAAUGCUUUGACGCAAAAAUAGCCGAGAUGUUCGACCUGCUCGAUGGCCAAAUCCGACACAUGCAUGAUCGAUUCGCAACUGAACGCAUUUCAUGCCUUAUUCUGUCAGGGGGGUUUGGCAGCUCACCGUAUGUUCGCAAACGACUGAUGGAAAGAUACGGCAGUGAGAUUGGAAAUGGACAUGGCAAUACUACGGCCAUGCGGAUUUUAAUGGCCGAGGAACCACAGCUUGCUGCCGUUCACGGUCUAGUCCUAGAUCGCAUCCAGCUACUUAAGCAAGGUGUCCUCACUUUUGGAUCCCGAUGCUCCCCAGUCAGCUACGGGAUCAUCUGCGACCAGCUUUACAUCCCGGAAAAACACGCCGGAGAGCUUAUCCGCCAGGAUCCGCACGAUCAGCUCAGUUACGCGAUUGAUCAGAUAGAUUGGUUGGUUGUCCAGGGCUCACCAGUCCCUCCAACCGGAUUCUCCAAAGAGUUCCAGCUCAAACUAGAGCCCGGCCGGGAAGUCGAGACUUUCCAGGUCCACAUUGUCAUGUCACACUAUCCGCCUGCGCUGCUUCCGAAAAGUAUGUCUCACAAGGGGGUUGAGCGGGUAUGCACCCUGCACAUUUCGACCGAGGGAGUAGACAAGAAGCUGAAGAACCGCCACUGGUACAACCGAAAGCCGGUCUUCUGGAAGGGCACGUUUAGCGUCAAAGUGGUGGUCGGACCUGCAGACCUGGCUUUUCAACUGUGGUCCAAGGACCAAAGGAUCAGAAGCAGCAGUCAUCCGCCGAUUGCACUGAAGUGGAUGUCUGCCGGGGUUUAA